GUGAUUGGUCGAGAAGGCUCAAUCUCGAAAACACAAAAUGGCGGAUGAAACGGCCGUUGGAUCAAGUUUUGUAUGAAUGACUGUACGUUUUAUUUUUACUUUCAACAACUUCUGAUUUUUAAAUAUGUGAUUAGUUAUUGCAAAACGCUCUCUGUCUUUAUUAAAUAAAAUAUUCUUCCGUAACGCUUACAUUAAAUCUGUUUCUCUGAGCUGUUUUCGUGUUGAGACGCUGCAUCCGAAGUCAUGGCGUUCGGCUGUUAUUUGUUAUACUAAAAUAGCGCAUUUGUCAACUUUUUGUUGUCAAUAAAGUUAAGAUUGAACACAUUGCUCUAUUGACACUUGAGACCUGCUAGCUCAAGGGCACAAACGUUCUAAACAUGACGUAACAAUGAACAUCAGCAUCAUCGGCAUCUUUCAGCUCCCAUAUAAACAGUUCACACACUUGGUUUGCUCACUCGCUUAAAGUUAACUUACAGCACGAUAUUAACAGUUAUUAUGGGGCAGAUAUUUGGUAAAAGCGACGAAGCUCACCGCUUCGACGACCAUGUGUACAACCAAGGUACAGACGAGGAGAUGGAUAUUUUUUGGGCGACGGCUCCUUCGAUCGCAUAUGCGAUUUGCGACGAAGACCCAGAUGAAGAUUUAUUUUGGUCUUCAAAACUCAAACCGUCUAUCAUAGAUACUUCUCGUGAACCAUACGAAGAGGUUGAUUUCUUUUGGAAAUAUACACCUGGCCCGCCGACAAUUAAUAUGAGAUUUGAAGGCGUCGAAGCGGUGGAUUUAUUUUGGUCUUCAAGAGCAGGUCAAGAUAAGAGAGAUCAGACUCCCGAAGUAGUCGCUUUGCCAGCUGACAGACAUGGGGAUGACGAGAUUCCAGGACAGAAUAUCCCUCAAGAGCUUCUGGAAAAUCUGGAAACUCUUACCCCCGAGUCUUCGGUCAGUCAGUCUGAGGAGAGGCUGGAGGACAGUGAGAUACCCAGUGUGGUCAUUCAGGAUGAGAUUCCAGUACAGGAUGUCACUCGUGAACUCCUGGAAACUCUUACCAGUGAGUCUUCGGUCAUUCAGUCCGUGGAGACACAGGAGGACAAAAAGAAGUCCAGUGCGUGCAUUCAGGAUGAGAUUCCAGUACAGGAUGUCACUCGUGAACUUCUGGAAACUCUUACCAGUGAGUCUUCGGUCAUACAGUCCGUGGAGAAGCAGGAGGACAAAAAGAAGUCCAGUGCGGUCAUUCAGGAUGAGAUUCCAGGACAGGAUGUCUUUCCAGAGCUUUUGGAAAAUCUGGAAACUUUUCCCAAUGAGUCUUCGGUCAGUCAGUCUGAGGAGAAGCUUGAAGACAAAAAGAAGUCCAGUGUGGUCCUUCAGGAUGAGAUUCCAGAACGGGAUGCCUUUCAAGAGCUUUUGAAAGAUCUAGAAACUUAUUUCAGUGAUUCUUCAACAUCAGAGGAAGAUGACUCCGUGAUCAUUCAGGAAAUCAAUGGCGAGAAGUAUGAGAUCAGAGACCUGCUGGGUAAAGGCGGUUUUGGAUGUGUCUUUGAAGGGACCCGUGUUAAGGAUGGCUUGAAGGUGGCAGUGAAAUGUGUUCAGAAGACCCGGGAUGUGAUCAAGCAAUACAUCAACAUUCCGGGUCAUGAUGAUCCCCUCCCAUGUGAGGUGGGUCUUCAGAUACUUGCUUGUGAGGGAAAAAAUGUUCCUGUGAUCGUCCAGUUUCUGGACUGGCAGGAGUUUUUGAAGGACUACCUCAUAGUCCUGGAGCGCCCUUCUCCCUGUGAGGACAUUCUCCAUUUCAUGGAUCGCACAGGAGGCACCGUCACAGAGAACAUAGCUCAGUUAAUCUUGAGGCAAGCGACAGAAGCGGCUGAAAUCUGCUGCCAGCGGGGGGUUUUCCACAGGGACAUAAAACUCGAAAACCUUCUGAUAAACCCGAUCACACUGGAGGUCAAAUUAAUCGACUUCGGGUGCGGCGAUCUUUUUAAACUAUCAGCCUACAGAGAGUAUAUGGGCACACGACAAUACGUCUGCCCCGAAUAUUAUAAAAGGGGCUACUACUACGCCAAGUCGGCGACGGUUUACUCCCUCGGGGUGGUGUUGUAUGCCAUGCUGUGCGGGAAUUAUCCCGGUGUUCUAAGCCUCAGACUGAUCAAAGAGAAGACAUGGAGCAAAGACGGCUUGACUGAAGAAUGCUGCAGUUUGAUUCGAGUCUGUCUACAGGAGGAUCCAGAAGAGCGUAUCGAUCUGGAAAAGAUCAGAGACCACAAGUGGUUUCCGCCCAAUGAUCCCGCAGACGGCCUUCUUACUCCAGAAACUUCGGUCCGUCCGUCUGAAGAGGAAACUGAGGAUGAUGAGAAGUCCAGUGUGUUCAUUCAGCAAAUCAAUGGCCGGCAGUAUGAGAUCACCAGGAAGCUGCAUGAAGGCGUUUUUGGAACCAUCUUUGAAGGGACCCGAGCUCAGGAUGGCUUUAAGGUUGUAGUAAAAGUUGUUGAGAAGACCAAGGAUAUAAUCGAGGAUUAUAUCAACAUUCCGGGUCAUCCUGAACCCCUCCCACGUCAGUUGGGUCUUCAUACGCUUGCCUGUGAGGGAGAAAAUGUUCCUGUGAUCGUCCAGUUUCUGGACUGGCAGGACUAUUCGGACCACUACCUCAUGGUCCUGGAGCGCCCUUCUCCCUGUGAGGACGUGAACAGUUUUGUGAAGCGCAGAGGAGGCAGCAUCAAAGAGAACGUAGCUCGGUUUAUCUUGCGGCAAGCUAUCGAAGCGGCUGAAAUCUGCUGCCAGCGGGGGGUUUUCCACAGGGACAUAAAACUUGAAAACCUUCUGAUAAACCCGAUCACCCUGGAGGUCAAAAUAAUCGACUUCGGAUGUGCCGAUCUUCUUAAAGAAUCAGCCUACACCGAAUAUAUGGGCACAGAAAACUACAUCUGCCCUGAAUUCCUUGAAACGGGCGAGUACCAUGCCAAGCCGGCGACGGUUUACUCACUUGGGAUGCUGUUGUAUGCAGUGGUGUGCGGGAAAUUUCCAGGCUCCCUGAACCUGGACCGCAUCGCUGAGAAGAUCUGGUACAAAGAUGGCUUGACUAAAAGAUGCUGCGAUUUGAUUCAAGCCUGUCUACAAGAGAAUCCAGAAGAGCGUAUUGAGCUGGCAAAGAUCCUUGACCACAAGUGGUUUCAGGUACUGGGUGGGGGGAAUGGCGCGUCAUGGGUGGGGGGAAUGGCGCGUCAUGGGAGGGGGGAAUGGGAGGGGGGAACGGCGCGUCAUGGGAGGGGGAACGGCGCGUCAUGGGAGGGGGGAAAGGCGCGUCAUGGGAGGUGGGAAUGGCGCGUCAUGGGAGAGAGGCAGCCUGUGGCCUUGUAUGAGGUGAUCUCUUCAUGA